GGCCGCCAGCGGGCGCAGCGCUGUUCACAGCUCCGUCGGACCUAGCCGGCGCUGCCCUCCCCCUGCACCCCGCACCCCGCACCCCGGCUGGAGCCCAGCCCCCGACAUGCCUGAGCAGCUCAGCGUCGCCGAGUUCCUGGCGGUCACCGCGGACGACCUCAGCUCCCAGGGUGGCCCGGCCGCGCUCGCCUUCGCUGCCAAGAUACCCCGAUGCCGGGGGGCGGCGCUGGCCAGGGAGGAGAUCCUUGAAGGGGACCAAGCCAUCUUACAGAGAAUAAAGAAAUCAGUGCGGACGAUUCAUAGCUCUGGCCUUGCCCAUGUGGAGAAUGAAGAACAGUAUAGUGAGGCCCUGGAGACCUUUGGGAACAGCCAGCUCUCCCAGAACAACCAUGAGUUAUCCACAGGCUUUCUGAACCUGGCUGUGUUCACCCGAGAGGUGGCUGCCCUCUUCAAAAAUCUGGUACAGAAUCUGAAUAACAUUGUUUCUUUUCCCCUGGACAGCCUGCUGAAGGGGCAGCUGAGGGAUGGUCGACAGGAUUCCAGGAAGCAGGUGGAAAAAGCAUGGAAAGACUAUGAAGCCAAAAUGGCCAGGCUGGAGAAGGAGAAGGAGCGGUCCAGAAUGCCUGGAGGGGGUCCUGGAGAGGCAGCCCAGGACACCCAGAGAGAGCGACGAGUCUUCCAGCUACACAUGUAUCUGAGGCUGCAGAAAGGAGAAGACCAUACAGGGUGGCAUCUCUGUGAGGGCAGAGAUUAUGUCUCCCUUCUUGGACCUGAGGCUCCAAUUCGGAGAGUUUGGCAGAAGAGGAAAUGUGGAGUCAAAUAUGGUUGCCUGACCAUCUCUCACAGCACGAUCAAUCGGCCCCCGGUGAAGCUGACACUGCUGACCUGCCAAGUGAGGCCUAGUGCGGAGGAGAAGAAGUGUUUUGACCUAGUGACCCAUAACCGGACAUACCACUUUCAGGCUGAGGAUGAGCAUGAAUGUGAGGCGUGGGUGUCCGUGUUACAGAACAGCAAAGAUGAGGCCCUGAGCAGUGCCUUCCAUGGAGAGUCGGGAGGUGGACUUCAAGGGAGCCCAGGAGGGGCUGGGCUGGACGGGGACCUUCGGGACUUCACCAGGCUGGUUAUUGCGGAGAUCAAAGGCAGACCUGGGAAUGGCCAUUGCUGUGACUGUGGGGCAUCAGACCCCACGUGGCUCAGCACCAACCUGGGCAUCCUCACCUGCAUCCAGUGCUCAGGCGUGCACCGGGAGCUGGGUGUGCGCUUCUCCCGGAUCCAGUCGCUCACCCUGGAUGUGUUGGGGCCCGCGGAGCUGCUGCUGGCUGUGGGCAUUGGAAAUACACAAUUCAACGAGAUUAUGGAAGCCCAGCUCAGCCCGAAUGGUGCCACCAAACCCUCGAGUGAGAGUGACAUGAGCACCCGAAGAAACUACAUUGUCGCCAAGUACGUGGAACACAGGUUCGCUUGCCGAGGCGGGUAUGAGCCCCACAGACUCUGGACAGCAAUUUGCAACCGGGACCUCCCAGCCGUGCUGGAAGCCUUCGCCAAUGGCCUGGACUUUGGGCAGCCCCUGCCCCGGCCAGAUGGGCAGACAUCCGGAGAGCUGGCUCUGCACCUGGCCAUCCGCCUUGCUGACCAGGCCUCCCUGCCCCUGGUGGAUUUCAUCAUCCAGAAUGGAGGCCACGUGGAUGCCAAGGCCCCAGACGGGAACACGGCUCUGCACCUCGGAGCGCUGCACAACCAGCCAGACUGCCUCAAGCUGCUGCUCAAAGGGAGGGCCUCCGUGGGCACAGUGAACGACGCUGGUGAUACCGCCUUGGAAGUGGCCCGGAAGAAUAAGCACAAAGAGUGUGAGGACUUGCUGGAGCAGGCCCAGGCUGGGACCCUCAUCCUUCCAUUCCACAUAGACUAUCCCUGGGGGGUUUCCGUGGACCCCGGAUCGGAGAGCGAGGAGGAGGAAGAAGACAAGCGCUGCCCCAUCAAACUCCCAGCCCCAGUGAAGCCCCGAUGGGGCUGUACAGGCCUGGACAUAAGCAACAAGACCUACGAGACCAUCGUUAGCCUGGGGUCCAGCCAGACCAGCAACAGAAGAAGCCACAGUGAGGAGCUCCCUCCUCCACUCCCUGUCAAGAGCCCUUCUCGGGCGUCUUCCCAAGGGCGGAUAAGACAUGAGAGUGGAGAUGGCCCAGAAGUUCUCAGCCCAGGCUCAGAGCCACCUGGAUCCUUGGAGUCUCCAUCCGUGUUCAGUCCAUCCACCUCUAGCAUCUCCAGCCCCACUGAAAGCAUUCUUGCCAGGCCCACCAGCUGUAGCUCCUCAGGUUCCCGAGUCCCAGGCCAGACAGAGCCCUGCUUGGAGGAAAGCCUGUGGGAGCCCUCAGGGACAGCUCAUCCUCCCUUGCCCUCAGGAGCCACCCCUCCUGAGCAGCUUCCCCCAGUCAGGUUCAGCUCAGAGAGUACUCGUUCCUAUCGCCGAAGUAGUCGGGGCCUGGAAGACACCCCUGCAGGCAGGCAGCUGCCCCCUGGACCUGUGACCAGAAGAGCCAUGUCGAUCCCCAUUCCCAGCCAGCCGCAGGGGAAAUCAAAGAGGACCAAGUCCCUGACAGACAACAGGAUUGAGGACCCCCGAGCUCCUCCAACCUUCUCCCAGGGAGAAGCCAGUGUGACUCCAUACUCUGAGGAUGAGCAGAGCUGGGAUGGUGUCACUGAAGCUGAUGGCUCCAGAGCAGGUCUCCUUUUGGCUGGUUCUGUGAAACUUUCACAAGACUGACCCCCACCCCCACCCCUAACACCCUGCCCCAGCUGGGCUUGGACCAGCCCCAUCAACAUAUGUGAAAAGAAUAGCUUCUGGCUGGGACUUGGACCUGUGGUGAGCUCAGAGGACAGGGGUCUGGGGGCCUUGCUUGGUCCCAAAUUUCUCCUGCUGAUCACCCCCGGCACAGGACUCACUCAAACUUGGGGUCAUUCUGAGGUAGUAGCAAUUGCAGAGGGGAUUCUGGGGAGGGUCAGAGUCAGCUUUCCAGCUGUGUUCCCCCACCCCCUGGCACUGUUUCUAUUUGAACAUUGUCACCGGGGUGACAGUCCUGCUGAGAGUCUAGUUUUUGCUAUUUUCCUUUGGCCUUGGAGGUGGGUUCAAGGAAAGGACUUGGAACUUACUAGCUAGUCACCCACCUAACAGACUAAAAACAAUUCUCUAUCCCAACCCCCAAGACAAGGACUACAUCUCCCUGAUCACAUAUAGGGGGAAGGGGUGCUCCUCUAAGGACUGGGCUAUGUUUUCCUCAUCAUUUAUUCAUUUAACAAACAUUUCCUGCCCCUUCUUUGUGCUGGACCUUAUUAGACAGAGGAAUCAACCCCUGCCCUCUAAUUUACCUAGGGAAGCUUACAGUGUCUAGAAGGUAGAGAUUGUCUCCUCCAUCAGGACCAAGGGAAAAGCCUCAGGGCUCAGAGAGAUCUCAGGGUGGGAGAUCAUUCAGACUGGAUAGUUGCUAGGGCUGGUCCUUGAACCCUGGCCAUAGGACAGUGCAGGUGAAGGGGAGAGAAGGGAGCAGGUUGGAUAAGCAAAGCCAGAGUUCUGUCCCCUGCAGAAGAAAACAGGAAGAGGUUCCCUCCAUGCUUGGGGUCAGGGAGAAGAAAGAAAGGGAAAGUAGGAAUAAGUGGGUAACCCUUCUCUCUCUCCUCCCCUUUUCUCCAACCAAUUCUGAUUUCAUAAACUCAAAGGAAGAAAAGAGAAGGGUUUGUGGGUAUAUGUGAUCCUUUAAGUAGUCAAGAAAUGAAUUAAGGAAGGGGGGGGGGUUGCCCCACAAAAAAAAAUCUCUGUCAGCAGCCUAUCCCAGAGUCCAAUAUUCUGUCAUGAGAAAUCAUUGGAAACCUGAAGGCUUUUAUCAGUCUCCUGGAGUUCUCAGCAAACAUUAAGAUAUUCUUGAAAGAGGGAAUAAAAGAUAGGAGGGAAACUAGGGCCUUUGGCAGGGGUGACAUCUUUCUGUAAGGAGACAGUAGGGUCUUGGCACCACUUUUCCCUGCAGAUGUGCCUGGCUCCAUGGUUCUUAGAGGAUUGGGGCACACUCUUACUUUGUUCAUCUCAGACUUUUUGUUUCACUGAUUUCGAAUAAAGGAUUUGUCAUUGUUA